UUUUCCCCCUUUGAAUAUAAAAUAAGAGCCUCUCUCUCUCUCUCUUCCCCCUUCCCCUCUCUCUCUCUCUAUCUCUCUCGCUCUCUCGCUCUUUCUCUCUGUUUCGGCCAUCGUCGGAGGUGAAAAGACAGAAAUACAAGAUCAGAGAGGGGAAGUGCUUGUUGUCUUAUGGACUAGUUGCUACAUUGCUCUUCCACUUAGGUCGCUACUACUGCUUCUAGGAAUCAAUCAUUAGUUGGAAAUGGAAUCUGAGCUAGAACCUGUACCUGUUGGUGCGUUAAAACGCGAUGUAGCAUGGAAGCACUGUCAAAUGUUUAAGUUUGAAAAUCGAACCCGACUCAAAUGUAUCUAUUGUGGCAAGAUGUUUUCGGGUGGGGGGAUACAUAGAAUUAAAGAACACUUAGCUGGUCAGAAGGGAAAUGGGCCUACUUGCCCUAGAGUCCAUCCAGAUGUUCGGCGUAUCAUGCGACAGAGCCUAGAAGGGUCUAUUGUAAAAUCGAGGAGAAAACAAAAGAGAACAGAAGACGGUCAACGUCUCCUGGGCCCUGGUGAGUUGGAAACAGUGGCUACUCACGAUGAAGCAAUCACUGGACUUCAAUUGCUCUCAACCCCUGAUACGGGUGAACCAUUGAGCUUAUUAGCAAAGGAGGAAGAAGGAACGACUUCAGAUAGGAUGAUAGGGAGAACGGGGAAUCCUUCUCCUCUUAUGACUUCUAAUACUCAUCCCAUUAGCAACCUUACCUUAGGGUUACCAAGGGGAAAGGAUCAUGUGCAUAUGGCAAUAGGUCGGUUUCUUUAUGAUGUUGGAGCACCUUUGGAUGCAGUCAACUCUGUCUAUUUCCAACCAAUGAUUGAUGCUAUUGUAUCAGAAGGACCAGGGCUAAGAGCACCAUCUUAUCAUGACAUUCGAGGCUGGAUUUUGAAGAAGUCAGUUGAAGAAGUCAAGAGUUUAGUGGACCAAUACAAGGGGACGUGGGCAAAGACUGGAUGUUCUAUACUGGCUGAUGAAUGGACAACAGAGACGGGUAGAGUUUUGAUACACCUCAUGGUUUAUUGCCCCGAAGGGACUGUGUUUCUGAAAUUUGUUGAUGCAUCAGAUAUAGUUAGAUCACCAGAUGCUCUGUAUGAAUUGCUUAAGGAAGUGGUGGAAGAAGUUGGGGUUCAAAAUGUACUGCAAGUUAUUACAGAUAGUACAGAGUACUAUGCCAUUGCUGGGAAAAGGUUAACUGAGACAUUUCCUACUAUGUAUUGGACACCUUGUGCAGCUCAUUGUAUAAAUUUGAUGCUUGAGGAUAUUGGAAAAUUUGAGUGGAUAAAUGCAGUACUGGGUCAUGCUAAAUCAAUGACAAGAUUUAUUUAUAAUCAUGUUGAAGUUUUGAAUAUGAUGAGAAAAUAUACAUAUGGGAAAGAUUUAAUACAACCAGCAGUCACCCGCUCUGCAACAGACUUUACAAUCUUGAAAAAUAUGGUCAGUCUUAAAAGUAAUUUGCAGGACAUGGUUACUUCACAGGAAUGGAUGGACUGUCCAUAUUCUAAAAAGCCAGAAGGGCUUGUCAUGAUUGAUGUCAUUUACAGUCAAUCAUUUUGGUCUUCCUGCAGCAGUAUCGUCAACUUGACAGAACCACUCUUGCGAGUUCUAAGAAUGGUUGGUAGUGAGAAAAGGCCUGCGAUGGGCUACAUUUAUGAAGGCAUGUACCGAGUGAAAGAGGCAAUCAAGAAAGAACUGGUUGAGAAGAAGGAUUACUUGGUUUAUUGGAAUGUUAUAGAUCAAAGAUGGAACCGACAACUUCCUCGUCCUCUCCAGGCAGCAGGUUUCUACCUUAAUCCCAAGUUUUUCUACAGCAUUGAAGGAGAUGUGCAUAAUGAAAUCAUGUCAGGGAUGUUGGAUUGUAUUGAGAGAUUAGUACCCGAGAUAAAAACCCAAGAUAAAAUCACCAAGGAAUUGAGCUCAUACAAGAAUGCUGUUGGUGAUUUUGGGAGGAAGAUGGCAAUUAGAGCCAGAAAUACCAUGCUUCCUGCUGAAUGGUGGUCUACUUAUGGAGGGGGCUGUCCAAAUUUGGCACGUUUGGCCAUUCGUAUUCUCAAUCAAACUUGCAGUGCAGCUGGGUUCAAGCAAAAUCAGAUUUCCUUCAAGCAAAUUCAUAACAUCACAAGAAACCGUCUUGAGCAUCAAAGGCUCAGUAACCUUGUUUUUGUUCAAUACAACUUGCGGUUGCGUCAAAGGAUUCUUCGAAAGAAUCAAGAGCUGGAUGCUAUGGAUCCGAUCUCCUUUGACAACAUUGACACAGUUGAAGACUGGAUCACAGAGAAGGAAGAAAUGACGGUGGACAAUGGGAGGUCAGAUUGGAUGGCACUUGACCAGCCUUUAGCUAAUGCUAUGCUGGCACCUUCCCCAAAUGAUGAGGCCUAUGGCUUGGAUGCAGGAUUUGAAGACGAUGAGAUUUUUGAUGGAGUCAAAGAUGGUGAGGAGAAUGGCCUUGUAAAUCAAUAGAUCACGUUGCUAGAGAAGCAUCUGGGAAAACUUACUCUUUGCAAAUUUAUGAGGCCUGACUUGAAACUUGGCAGGUCUGAAUAUAAUCCAUGUCAAUGAGAUGUUACCUCCUAAUGUUAUAAAUGAGUAGAAGAAAAAUCUAUGUAAAUUACAUGUCUGUACUUGGAGUUUACAGUUGCAAUAAGGUCAGAAUCAUUUAUCAAAAUAAUUUUUAUUUUCAA